GACAACGCCCCGAGUGGUACGAAUUCGAACGGAACUCUGCACCCCGCUUGCAGAUAUCAAGAUGUGGAAGUGAUAAGAUAAUAGGAUAAGGGGAAUUAGUUCACAUAGUGUUGCAGAAUAAGACUAGUUGGAAUUUCUUGGUGGAAAUUACUAAUUAUAGCUAUAAGGAAUCGACCGAAAGUGCGAACAAUGCGUUGGAAGUUGGUGGUGCUACUGUUCUGCACGGUAGCCCUGCUCGGCAGGACAAUUCCGGUGAGUGCCGAGGGUGACGAUGACGUCACCAGCGAAACGGAUGUCGAAAACGCGAGUGAAGUCGUGGUCGAAGACCAAACCAGUGGGCAGGACGAAGAAACGGAACCAAGUGAUACGAUAGAGGACGAAAGUGACAACCCGGAUACGCAAGUGAACGAAGAUGCGGUCGAAGUGGACCCGAAUGCCUCCGGCAAGGACGAAUCCAAGAAAGGCCGUUAUCUAAGCUACGAUUACUAUUCGUCCAAUUUGGAUACGUAUGACUCGAACUACAAUUGGGAUGAUACUAUGAAUCGCGAGCAACCAAACAUUCCACCCAAUUUCCAAAACGAUGAAUCCGCCUACUCCAUCACCCCGGCCCGACUGGCCCAGAUCAGGCGUAACUUCCUCUACCCGUUCUACGACCGGGGAGGUCCGGAGAACAUCGGCGACUACCAGCGAGACAUCCACGCCUCCAUGCCCCAGGUGCACAAAAACUUCAACUUCCAGUUGCCGUUCUACGGUUUCCGGUUCAACUACACCCGCGUCUCGAUGAACGGAUUUCUGGAGUUUUCGGAUCCACCGGAGCACUACACCUACCCGCUGUCCUUCCCGAUCAAGGACUGGCCCCGGCGGAACGAUCCGUCCUUCAUCGGAAUCUUCUUCAGCAGGUGCCGUAUCGGGCGGAUCUACGAUACGGAUGUGGACCAGCGGCAGCCCGGUGUGUACUUCCGGAUGGAGCGCGAUCUGGAAACGAGAACCGAUCGGCCGGGAGUGGAGAUGCGCGAGCGCGUGAUGUGGGAUAUUCGGGAGGGCGUGGUCGGGUCGGAUACGUUCGUUCCGAAGCAUAUGGUCAUUACGACGUGGAAGAAUAUGAGCUUUGCCGGUGGUAUCGAUAACUCGCUGUUUAAGACAAAUACUUUCCAGAUGAUCCUGGCCACGGAUGAAGUUUACACCUACGCCAUCUUUAACUACGGUAUUAUCAAUUGGUCAUCGCAUACGGAAGCAGGUGGUGAUACAACUGGUGGAGAAGGAGGUGUUCCAGCUUACAUCGGAUUCAACGCAGGAAACGGAACACAAGCAUACGAAUACAAACCCUACAGUCAGGCUUCGGUCCUUCGAGAUUUGACGGGUCGUGGUUGGGCAAACGGCUUCCCUGGACGACAUAUCUUCCGUAUUGACGAGCGGAUCAUGCUGGGGACUUGCAAUAAGGAUAUCGACGCGGCCCAUCUGCCUCUAGUGUUUGCACCGGAGUCUGGUAACAUGCUGGGUGGAACGGUUGUCAACAUCACCGGACCAUGCUUCUUGUCAAACAGCACCCGUAUCGCCUGUCGGUUCGAUACGGAAGAGGUCAUCGGAACAGUAGUUGAUACGAACCGCGCCAUUUGUGUACAGCCCUUCCUCAAAGCGCAAGGCUACAUCCGCUUCGAAAUCUCCAUCGGAACGGAGCGAUUCAAGUGGCGAGGACGAUACUUUGUGGAAACACCUGCCACGGCAACGGAUCGAAUCUUCUUCGAGUCUGACGACGUGCACCGGAGGAAUCCUUCGGAGAUUCGCAUCACCUGGAAUCGGUACAAUUUGACGACCAACUUGAAUGCAAACGUUCAGAUAUCGCUGUGGGGCUACCGGGAAGCAACAAUUCGCCCGGAGUUAGAAUACAUCGAUAUGAUUGAACCUCAGAUGACCAAUACAGGAGUUUAUACAAUCUCCCCAGCGAAUUUCCGACUGCGCGAUAACCCACGCACUGUGGACAUGCAAUUCGGCUUCAUCCAGAUCAAUCUGACCAAUCCUCAACAGUUCAACGGCCUGAGUGUUUCUCCAAUUCUUUGGUCCAAACCAAUCCCUCUGGGUUGGUAUUUCGGUCCUCAAUGGGAACGAAUCCAUGGUCGCAACUGGCCACGAGCCCUUUGCGAUAACUGGCUUCUGACAGAUCGUUUCCUUCGGAACUUCGCCCACGAGCUUCCACUUUGUCCUUGCACUAUGGAACAUGCCACCUACGAUAAGGGGCGGUUCCUACCCGAUCCGGAUUGCGAUCGUGACACAAAUCCUACCUGUUUACAUCACCGAGGAGCGAUCCAUUGCGUAAGAUCCGGUCAACCGUCUGCGCAAGGAUCGGAACAGCAGUGUUGUUACGACCGAAACGGAUAUCUGAUGCUUUCGUACGAUCAGAUGUGGGGAUCCAGGCCUCGUCGCAAUCACAACAUCGGUCAGAUGCCUUGGAACGAAGCCAACAAGGUUCCAACUCUGUCCACCUGGUUCCACGACGUCCGUCCGUACUAUUCCUGUUGCAUGUGGCAAGAUGAGCAGGCCGUGGGUUGCGAAACGUUCCGUUUCGAGCGGCGACCUUCUCAGGAUUGCAUCGCGUAUCAGUCCCCGGGAGUGGCCGCCAUCUUCGGCGAUCCACACAUCGUCACAUUCGAUGGACUGCAGUACACGUUCAACGGAAUGGGUGAAUUCGUACUGCUGCGAGGCAACAAUGGGCGUGAGCGGAUCGACGUUCAGGGACGCUUCGAGCAGGUGGCUCGCAACAUCCACGGACAGGUAAUGGCAACGCAGCUAACUUCGGUCGCUGCCCGUGGUAAUACUUCAACGGUUAUCGAGGUUCGGCUACGCCCACGUGAUGCCCAGUGGCGCUACCGAUUGGACGUGUUUGCUGAUGAGCGCCGAAUUUACUUCGAUCGUCAAAGCUUGAAGUUCCAGCACUUCCACGGAGUUACGGUCUACACGCCGACAUACAUUCUGAAUCAGUCUGAGGUGGUGAUCAUGUUCUCGUCCGGAGUUGGUGUGGAAGUCGUCGAGAACAAUGGAUUCAUGACGGCAAGAGUUUAUACGCCUUGGAGUUUCAUAAACAAAACGAGAGGCCUAUUUGGGAACUGGAGUUGGGAUAUGGCGGAUGACUUGGUACGGCCGGAUAAUGUGGUCAUAUCAUCAGCCAAUCUAAACGAUUUCAGAGAUAUUCACAACAACUUCGGAUUGCAUUGGAUGUUAUCGGAUCGAGAAGUAGAGAACGUGGGGAAGGCACUGUUUACGAGGGAAUUCGGUAGAACGUCCAGUUAUUAUGCAAACUCAUCGUUCGUGCCAGAGUUCCGUAGAGAACCGUCAGUGUUCUUACCUCCAAACAGAACACACGAUAUAGAGCGAGCGAGUGAGUUAUGCGGGGAGAGUUAUCAAUGUCGGUACGAUUUUGGAAUGACUCUUAAUCGAGAGAUGGCGCACUUUACCAAAAAUUACCAUGCUAGCGCGAUCAAUAUACAGUCCACGAAUAACGAACGAAUAAUAUCUUGUGGCAUCCUGGAAACACCUCGUUUCGGACGAAAAUCCAACUUUAUGUUCACUCCUGGUGCCCGAGUAUCCUUCGAAUGCAACGAAGGAUUCGUUCUCAUUGGAGAUACUCGUCGCGUUUGCCGAGAGGAUGGACAGUGGGACGUUCCAGAGUACGGAUACACUGAAUGUCUACGCGCUGUGUUCUACACCCGCCGAACCGCUUGGAUUACCAUCGGCAUUGUUCUCGCUGUGAUGUUGCCUCUGAUUAUGUGUAUCGUUUGCGGAGUUUACUGCUUCCGCAAGCGCAAGUUGAAGGAGGAUCCGGAUUGGCGCAUGCCAAUCCCAUCUCGUUCGGCUUCUCGGACCACACUUCGCAACUUGGCCAGCGAUGGAAGUGAGUACGACGAUAACACGAUCAAGAAGGUGCGUCGAUACGACGCCACUUACAAGACGCACGAACCUCUAGCUGGCAAACCGGAAAUUCAGUUCGAACCCAAGAAGAUGGACCUGGAUGAAGAAGACAUAACAUCCUCGGAAGGAGGUGAAUAUAGAGAUAAAGUUGUUAAUGAUUUCCAAUAUAAGAACAUGGCUGAUCAAAAACAACUAGGUCGCCGUCGAAUGAUGAACGAUGCGGAAGACGAUGCACCAAACGGACAAUUGAUGUUCAACGACGAAGCCUAUCCACCGCCGCCGAAUGAUUCUCCAACGCAACCCUACGGAGCGUACAGCCCAACGUUUAGCGGUAUCGAUCGCAACAGCAGUUUCGCCACCGAAGACAAUUCGCCUGUCAAUCAGAGAAGACCAGGACCCUUCCCUAAUGGAAGCUUCCAACAGCAACCUUCCACGUCGGGAACGUUCUUCGGUAGUGGGGUUACACCGGCAGCCGACCAAACCGGUCAACCACUUAACCAAAAUGUCGGAGUUCCUGUCCGAAUGGACAGCCGAUCCACGGAAGUUUAAUUCCUAAAUCCCAUCUAACCUCAACCAUCCGAUAGAAUUCAGGUAUUCUACACGACAUCACAAUUUUGUCAUAGUUUAUUUUUACAUCGAACUCUAGCCAUACUUUUGAGACUCUCCAUUAGGCGCGCAACGUAGAAGCACAAAAUAGAUAACAGUCAGACGACAAUGUUUUUUUUUCUCUAGCGAUAAGUCCACCAAGUGUGUGUAUUUAGUGAUAAGCAACAAUCAAAAGUGGUGAAAUCAAUAAAGAUAUCAGUUUCAAUGUAACUCCACGGUA